AUGCAAUUCACCAGCACCUUCUUCCUUGCGGCCAGCGCGCUCGCCUCUCUCGCAGCUGCUAGAACUGCUCAGUUCGUCAACCAGGACGGUACCACUCGCCACAUUGUCUUCACUCCUACGGAGGGCCAGCCCCCCAUUCCCGGUCUCACCGUCGCGGGCAACUCUCAAGUCAGCCAGGACUUCCCUGAGGGUUGGAUCGGCAACGCCUACACCUACGACGAUGGAGCAGCCAACGUCCCCGGUCUCCUCGCCGAGUUCCGCUGGGAUGGCUUUGGCGGCGCAAACUACUUUGACGUCUCUGCCAUUGUCAACCCCCAGGCCACUGACGGUGUCAUGAUGAUGUACCCUUCUCAAUCCAAGCAGCCCACUUCCGGCUGCUUGACCGUCUCUUGCACCAACCAGUACAACCAGCCAGACGACAUCGCCACUCAGAGCACCACUGAGGAGAGCAUCACCGUCCUCCUUGGCCAGCGCAUCAAGAGCGCCCGCCGCAACCACGUCGAUGUUGUCGCUCGUGACUACGUCUUGCACUAA